AUGGUCAAACAAGAUAUAAUUUGUUUAUUGGGUAAUGAUGGUAGUGGUAAAUCAAGUAUUUGUGAAAUGAUAAAUUCGGAAAAAGAUGUUAAUAACAAUACUAUUGUUGCUAUUGAACGUAGUAAUGGAUUAGGUAUAAAAUUUGGAAUUGAUCCAAGUAUUGUCGAUAAAAUGACAUUAGAAUAUACUUUUGAUGGAGAAAAUUUCAAUAAAAUUAUGUUACCAGAUCAAACAAUAAAUCAAGAACAAAUUUAUUGGAUUAUCUUAGAUUGUGAUAUUGAUAUAAUUCAAAAACGAAUACAAUCACGACCAACAAGUGAUAUUUGGGAAACACGAAAAGCUUUAAACUAUUUUCAACAACGUUUUCGUCAUUUGAGUGCUCAUUUUGGUAUACCACUUGUUGAUACAACACAACGAACAUUGCAGCAAGUUUAUGAUGAAGUACUUGAUAUCGUUAGAAAAUAUUCAAAUUACUAUCGAUAUUAUCGUCAAAUGGGUACUCAAAUACUUAAUUAUAAUCAGAUUCAAGAAUGUGAUCUUGAAAAUAAACUUUAUAAAAUUAUAAAUACCUAUGAUAUGGAGAAAAUAACAGAUUUACCUGAAUAUACACAAGAAUUUGAUAAUGUUGAUAAACGAAAAUUAUACAUAAGAUGGUAUAUAAAUAAUAAUUCGUUAGAAAUCGAUCAGCAAAAAAAUAUUCUUCACAUUGGAGAAUAUGAAUUACCAAUAACAGGAAUAAUACUUAAACUUGUUACUGAAGGUGAAUCGAAAAAAGUUUACAAAGAUAUUAGUGGUAAUCCAUUUACAAAAACUUUAGCAUUUAUUAUUUUAAAAUCUACCAUUUAUUCACAUUCAAUGCAAGUUACAGGAGAAAUUAAUAAUUUAGGUUCAAUUCGUGCAUGUGGUUCUCAAUUGAUUAUGGAAAUGAUGUGGCGUAAUGGUUUGAAACAUUCUUAUCGUUCGAUUAAUUUCAAUGGUAUCAUUGUUAGUGAUUUUAUCGAUGAAAUCAGUCCAAUAGAAGUUAUUGUUAAACGAUAUUGUCAAGGAACGGAUAAACAUUCAUUUUAUGAUAUUUUAGAAAAUGAAAAUAUUGUUUUAUCCAAUAGUGAUGGAGAAUAUUUAUGUGGUCCUUAUGUUCGAUUCGAUUGGAGAAAUCCAAAUCAUAUAUCACCAAAGACAAAAAAAUCUUUAAAUAAAAAUUCAUAUUAUUAUAUAUAUGAACAAAUUGUUGGUAAAGAAGAAUUUUUCAAUAAAGUCUUAGCUAAUAAACAGUAUGCUAUACCGGUUGGUGAUAAAAAUAUUACUGAAGAUCUUUUAACUCAUGUAAUUGAUAUUAAACAAACAAAGUUAUCUGUAUUAAAAAUGUUUAUGGUUCUUCAAUCGUAUUUUUUUCGUGUUAAUUUAUUGAUAAAAGAUGUUUGUUUUAUGCUUAAUAAAAAUGGUGAACAAUUUUGGAGUGAAAUCAAUCAAGAUUGUAUGCGAAUAACAGCUAUAGAUAGUAAUCAAAAUAAAUUUGAUAAAGACAUUUGGCGAGCUGGGGGAUCAUCAUCACGCGAACAAAUCUUACAGAAAUGGAAUGAUUUUAAUAAAAUAUUUAUUGAUUAUUUUAUGAAAAAUAAAUUUCAUCAAACAGAACUUUUAAACUAUAAUUCUUAUUUUUAUAUAGAAGAAAUUGAAAAAUUAUUAACAAAUACAAAAUUAAAAAUUCCAAUAAAUUUACAAGAAUUAUGGUUGGCGAUACGGGGUAAAAAUCCUAGAAGUAUUCUUGUAACAAUGGACAUGUUUAAUGGACAACCAGUUUUAGUUAAAAGUUCAGAAGUAUGUGAAACUCAUAGUAAUGGUGACUAUUGGCAAGCUAUGGAAAAACUUUCUAUUUUUCCGGACAUAUUAAUCGUUGAUUUAAAUGGUGCUUUUGGUGAAAUAGAUACAAAAAAUCGACAAAUCAUCAAAAAAUUAGCACAGAAAUAUCAUGUCUAUACGGGAGGUGGUUUACGAUCAACAAGUGACGUUGAAGAUGUGCUCAAAUCAAGUGUUCGUCGAUGUGUUGUAGCUAGUGCCGAUGAUGCAUUGAUUAUGAAAAUACCUAAAGAACGUUUAAUUGUCGAAAUAAGUAUUAAUGAACAAAAUGAAGUACUUAUUCAUGGUCGUCAAACAAAUACUCAUGUGAAUAUAAUUACAAGAAUUAAUCAAUUAAUUCAAAUUGGUGUCUAUGUUAUUAGUAUAACAUUUGUUCAAAAUGAAGGACAUUUAUCAGGAAUACCUCGACAACAAAUUCGAGAUCUUAUUUUACAAAUUCCUCAAAAUAUUAAGAGAAUCUAUAUUGCUGGUGGAAUAAGUACAUUAGAUGAUUUAGAAUAUUUAUGGUCAUUUACUCGUAUUGUUCCACAACUUGGAUCUGCAAUUUGGAAAAAUAAAUUAACUAUUGGCAGUAUACUCAAUAGUAUGAUCAAUUUUAAUAAUAAUGGAACUGUAUCAGCUAUUAUUCAAGAUAUAAAUGGACCAGUCAAAGGUUUAUGUUAUAUGAAUCGUCAAUCAAUUGAACAAACGUGUCAAUAUAGAAAACUAUAUAGAUAUUCAAGAAAAUUAGGCAAAGUAAUAAUGAAAGGUGAAAGAUCUGGUGAUAUUCAACAUAUUAUUCAAAUUAGUUUAGAUUGUGAUUCAGAUGCUAUGUUAAUAACAGUUGAUUCAAAAAAACCAUUUUGUCAUACAGGUAAUCAUAGUUGUUUCUGUUUACAAACAAGUAUUAAAGCAAAUUUAGCUACAUUAGCUGAUCAUAUUAAAUCAAAAAUAAACGAUGAUAGUUAUACUGGCAAAAUGCAAAGAAAUCCACAAUUAGCUCUUGCUAAAGUAAUGGAAGAAUUUUGGGAAGUAUUAGCAAGUCAUCGAGAUAAUCAAGUUUCUGAAUGUAGUGAUCUAUUUGUUCAUCUUGUUAUGUAUUUAAAUGGAAUUGGUGUAACAAUGGAAGAUAUUUUUAAUGAAUUGAAUGCACGACGAUGGACACCUAAAAUAUUCAUUGAACAAAAUGAAAUAUCCGAUAAAAAAUUGAAAGAAAUUAUAAUUGGAAUAACUACAACGAAAUAUACUAAUAAAACAGAUCGAUUUGCUGAAGAACACUUAGGAAUUAAAAUACUACGACAAUCAGGUAGAAAUCUAUGUAUUAAAGGAGAAAUUAUCGAUCGAAACAAAUUUUUUAAAUAUUUCGAUUACGAUGAAAAUAUUAAAUUAUCAUUAUUUCCGAGUAAACCAAAGGAUAUGCCAUGGUUAUUGGCAUCAAAACGCGUUACACAUCUUAUUACAUUUGAAACUGUAGUUAAAAAUUAUCCAACAGUUUAUACUGUUCUUCAUGAAAUUGUUGAUCCAUCCAUUUGUCUUGCUUUGAUAUGUCGCAAAGGUGCGUGUAUAGAACCAGAAAAAUGGACACGCCAGAAUAAACCAUUGAUUGCUGCUGAACAUGUUAGCCAAGUAACAAGAUUUUUUGAAUUAAACAAUAUAGAUCCCGUCGCAUACCACUUGGAUAGAGUUACAGGAUCAUCAGAAGGAUAUUUGGUGAAUACAGAUCUAUAUUUAUUGGCUGAUGCUAUUGUUGAAAGUGGAAGAACUCUUGAAGAAAAUAACUUAGAAAUAUGGAAGGUUAUUAUACCAAAAGGACAAGUACGCAUUGCGCUUUAUGGACGGUGUAAUUAA